AUGGCAGGUAUGCACAUCGAAAACCGCGUAUAUGCCACUCUGUUGAACGGUUGUUCGGAUGCUGCCUUCAGCUUCGGUUCCUGGCGCGACCCCCACCCCGCCCUUGAAGGCGUCACAUGUUUCAUCUGUUUCAUCUGUUUCAUCACUACGGUCAGGCCACCUGAUCCAUCGGAAUAG